AUGUUUUCAGGCUCAAACUCCAGCGACACCGUAAUGGAAGACGGCGGUCACAAUGAGCAGCACAUCAUUGCUCCUGAAAAGGAUGGGAACAGAGACUCUGGCUACGAAGAGCCUGUUUACUCAAAGGAGGAGGAAGCUGGAUACCAGGCUCCGGCUCAAGCACCAAUCGGCAGCGCUCCUCCAGAUGGUGGUCUGCGAGCAUGGCUCGUUGUUGCAGGAGCAUGGUGCACUUCGUUCUGCAGCUUUGGGUGGAUUAAUAACUAUUCGGCCAGUACCGUGUCAUGGAUCCCAUCUUUGCAAAUUUUCUUCAUGAUGUUCUUGGGACCCUUUGUCGGCCUUAUAUACGACAAAUAUGGCCCUCGCUACCUCAUCAUUGGCGGAACCUUUUUGCAUGUCUUUGGCCUGAUGAUGACAUCCAUCUCUACUCAGUACUACCAGAUCCUCCUUUCUCAGGGAGUCUGUAGCGCUAUCGGUGUUUCUGCCAUCUUCCAGCCAGCGCUUAACAGUAUCGCUACCUGGUUCACGACGAAACGCGGUGCCGCCUACGGACUCUUGGCGACUGGGUCAAGUUUAGGAGGCGUCAUCUUCCCCAUCAUGGUCACUCGAUUGAUCAAAGAAGUCGGAUUCCCCUGGGCAAUGCGAAUCUGUGCCUUCCUGAUCCUCGGCCUCCUCAUAAUCGCCAUCGUGACGGUUGAUGCGUUCAACCCGCCAAAGUUCCAACCGAUCACGCUUAAGAGAAUGGUGGCUCCUUUCACCGAAUUUGAGUUCUCCUGUGUUUGUUUUGGGUUGCUGCUAUUUACCUUUGGGCUUUAUGUCCCAAUCAACUUCGUCUCGGUCGAGGCCGCUGCGGGCGGAGUAGACCCUAACCUGGUGUUGUACAUGGUUCCUAUUCUGAACGCCGGAAGCUUGUUCGGUCGUAUAAUGUCUGGCUUCGCUGGUGACAAAUUUGGCCGUUACAACGUCUUCAUUACCGUCUGUUACCUAGCAAGUAUUUUCGUCUUAGGCCUCUGGAUUCCUGCAUCUACAACUGCAGCGAGAAUUGCCUUUGCCGCCAUCUUUGGAUUCUUCUCUGGAGCAUACGUCGCCUUAAUCGCUGCGCUCGUGGUCCAGAUUUCGCCCGUGACCGAAAUGGGAUUCCGGAUGGGCCUUUCAUUUUUCGUUUUGUCUUUUGGAGGCCUGACGACAAAUCCCAUUUCUGGCGCUAUUCUGGAGGGUCCAUUAGGAUGGCUCGGACCAAAGAUAUUCUCUGGUGUUUUUUGCAUUGUCGGAACGACAUUUGUGCUAGCUGCGAGAAUCAAGCAGACGGGAUGGAAGCUGAACGCAGUCUUUUAA